AGAAAUCAGAUACUUUCCAGUGAUCGUUGAUACAACAUCUCCUCUAGAUCACUCCACUCAUCAACCUUUUCUCUUACUCUGAAUAGGUUUAAACCGAGGCCUUUCUGCAAACUCAGUCGAGGACCCAAGGACACGGACUCCGGAUUUUUCUCUCGUUUCUCACAGAUUUGCUCUUCAAACCAACCUUAGCAUGAUGUCUUAUCUCAAGCAACCUCCAUACACAGUGAACGGCCUGAGUCUGACUACAUCGGGCAUGGAUCUGCUUCACCCCUCGGUCGGCUACCCCUCUACUCCGCGGAAGCAGCGGCGAGAGAGAACCACUUUUACCCGGGCGCAGCUGGACGUCCUGGAGGCGCUUUUUGCUAAGACCCGCUACCCGGAUAUCUUCAUGAGGGAAGAGGUGGCUCUCAAAAUUAACCUGCCCGAGUCCAGAGUGCAGGUUUGGUUCAAAAACCGUCGAGCUAAGUGCCGCCAGCAGCAGCAACAGCAGCAGAAUGGAGGGCAGCAUAAAGUCCGACCCAGCAAGAAGAAGAGCUCGCCAGCCCGGGAGCCGAGCUCGGAGAGCGGAGCGAGCGGUCAAUUCACACCACCCUCCAGCACCUCGGUGACGGUCAUAUCGAGCAGCAGCGCCCCGGUGUCGAUUUGGAGCCCCGCGUCCAUUUCUCCGAUCGCCCCCGAUUGCCUGUCCACGUCCUCGUCCUGCAUGCAGCGCUCCUACCCCAUGAACUACACCCAGGCCUCGGGUUACACGCAGGGAUACGCCGGAUCCACGUCCUACUUCGGGGGAAUGGACUGCAGCUCGUACCUAUCCCCGAUGCAUCACCAACUCCCCGCCCCAGGGACGGCGCUCAGUCCCAUGGGCACUAAUGCAGUCACUGCAGGCCACCUCAAUCAGUCCCCGGCUUCCCUCUCUGCCCAGGGCUAUCCAACCGGCGGAUUAGGUUUUAAUUCCACCGAUUGCUUGGAUUAUAAAGACCAAACAGCUUCAUGGAAACUCAACUUUAAUACUGACUGCUUGGAUUACAAAGAUCAAACGUCUUCGUGGAAGUUCCAAGUUUUGUGAAGUGCUGGGACUCUCUUUGAAUUUGGACAAAUCAUUCCAAUGUUAAAUCUUUGGAAUGAAGAGCACAGGACUUACCGUCAUUCCAGUUCUUGUAGCCAACCAUCCGGUUAAACUUUUGGAAUGGACAGGACGAUAUUUGUAAUCAUUCCAAAUUUAGCCAUUUUUUAGUUGGCCUUUAAAAACAAAACAAAAGGACCAUCAGGGCUGUGUGAAUUAUGCGAUUGGUGUCAUAGAUGCACUACUUUAUUUAAAAAGAAAAUGUUUAUAAGGGUUCCAUAUGUAGUUCUGAGAGACAAUCAAUGUGUGUCUUAUAUCAGUGGUACAUCUGUGUUUUUAUUUGUGCUAGACUCAAAGCAAGUAUGAUCUGCUGUACUGUAUGCAAGUGUGUGAACCCUUGUCGCUGUUGAACUCGAGCGGUGGGGGAGGGGGUGGGCAUGGUUCUGCUGUUGUUAUAAUGGAGCUAAAUUCUGUUGGAAUAGGUACCCACCAUUGUUUGAAAUGAGCGCCUUCAAACAUAAGCUGAACUGUGAAACUUCGUGACUCUGGCUGCAUAUUUCACACGGGCGCUAAAACUAUUUGUCCUUAUAAACCCAAUAGCUUAAA